CAUCCUCUCCUCCACUGGGGGGGGCCAGUGGAGCCAUGGGCUGUGGGAACUCGUCAGCCCCCGCCGCCCCCAGCUGCUCCGGAGAUGGGUCCGAAUCAUCUAAACAUGCCACAGAAGAAGUUCCUGAAGAGGAUGAGGAAAAAAGGAGAGACUACGGUGGAGUGUAUGUUGGACUGCCCACUGACCUCAGCAACGUCCCUCAAGUUCAGAUAGGGGCACUCAGAGACUAUGAGAAAGGUGGCUUAUCAUUACAGACCCCACUGUGGAGGGAUGGAAUCCAGGCGUAACGACUCACAAGCGCUACAGAAGAGAGAGAGAGACAAAAGAGUGCGAUGAGCAGGAGAGCAGGCAGAGACACACACACACACACACACACACACACACACACACACACACACCCCCAACCCUGGGCCCCCUGUCAGUCAGCCCUCACCCGGUCCCGGUGUUGGGUUUGGCCCCUGGGGGACCAACAUCUCCGUCAGCAGUCCUCUCUCCAGGGUCUGACGUGGUUUGGGGGGGGGCCCUUAGUGAGCUGCUCCUGGCCCUCUUUAUUACCCCCCUGGGGCCCCGGUAGGGACCGGCGUGCCUUAGGGGCCCCUGCCGCGCAGACAUGCUGGGACUCGCGCUGCCGAGGACGGAGCUGCCUGGAGCCGGUUCCGGCGGCGCGUUGCCGUGGGAGACGGAAACAAACAAUGGCGGUCCGUGUCGAGGGGCCUUUGAGGAGCGGUUCUGUUGGUUUCAACGAAGACCGUCGAGGUUCCUGAGUUGUUGUGGUUGUUGAGUUGUGAGGUUCAUAUGAAAUGUGUGUUUAGUGUAGAUGUAAUGUUUGUGUUUGUUUUUGUGUGUUUUUGUGUUCGGCUCAAUAUGAAACGUUUGGGUCCAAGAGUGAGGGAAUGGGAUGAAAUAUAUUAGCUGAAACUUUA